AUGGAAUUUUCACAAAGAUUAACUGAUUUGCCUCCCUUCGGCCAGCUCCAUUUCGAUGACAGUGACGAGGAUAUGGACGUCGAUAUCGCUGAUAUUCUGACCCCCUCCAGGGCCCCGGGCCAUAAAUCGCCUUUAUGCCCAAUGAUGGACGAGGACUCUGGUCUAGGAAUGGACAGUGACGAUCCAGACCAAAUUGCGCUUGAAUCCUCCUUUAAUGGUUUGAAAAACACGCCGAAGUUCUCAUUACAAUGUGAUGGUCAGAAUUCCGGAAGUAGACUAAUCGUCCGGCGUACCCUCUUCGGACAAAGUUCCUAUAACAGAGAAGAUGGUUCUUACUGUAAAACAAGACGAGAGAAACAGAUGACACACAGAGGAGCAAUCUUUAAGAAAUCUUUAUCAUUUGGGGACUCUCCUCUUAUCCGAGCAGAGGAAACGGAAGUAAAAACUGCUGUGGCGAGGCUGACAGACGAGGAAAACCUUAUUGGGGACGGAAGUCAGGAAUGUUCUCUUCCCACCAUCAGGGGCAAACACAGUGAUUUGAAAACGAUUUCCGGAGAUACGGUGGCUGAGUUGCUGAGCGGGGGCUAUGAUGAUGUCAUUUCCAGUUUCCGACUCAUUGACUGUAGAUACCCGUAUGAAUAUGAAGGCGGUCAUGUAAUGGCAGCUGAGAAUAUUUACAAACAGGUAGAUGUUUCCAGUAUCCUGGAGAAUGCUACUCUGGAUGAUAAACGUCACAUUCUUAUAUUUUAUUGUGAAUUUUCAUCAGAGCGAGGACCAAAAAUGUACCGGAAGCUGCGCAGUGCAGACCGUGAGGUAAAUAAGGACUAUUAUCCCCGACUGUUCUAUCCGGAAAUUUAUCUGUUACACGAGGGCUACAAAUCAUUUUUCCAACAUCAUAAGAGCUUUUGCACACCACAAGACUAUAAACCCAUGCUUCACAAAGACCAUUCGAACGAUCUGCGUCAUUUCCGGGCCAAAUCUAAGUCUUGGUCUGGGGGUGAGAGAAGAAGUGGACCCCACAGACUUCUUUUAUAGAAAGUUGGUUGUA